UCAUUCAAUUUACACACACAGGCAUAUACAUACAUACAUACAUACAUAUAUAUCUCCAUAUCAUCAUUCAGAUUCAAUAAGGUAUAUAUAGCUGAUCAGAUAAACAUGGGAAACUGUUGCCGGAAGACGUCGUCGAUGGAAUGGGCCGGCGACGACUGGGGUUCGUUGAGGUCGUCAUCGUCAACGAGAUCGAGCAAGGUAUUUGACGAAGAUCAUGCAUGGCCGGAGAAGAAGCAGCUUCUGGGAGCUUGUUCUUCUUCUGAUAGAAGUAAUAAAGAGAGUGGGAAAGUGACGAUAAAGAUCUCGAAGAAGGAACUCGAGGAAUUAAUGAGAGGUCUGGGGAAGAAGGAGCGAGAAGGAAGAUCAGCUUCUGCGGAACAAGUUCUGGUUCGCUUGUUAAGCGCUAGAGAUCAUCAUCAUCAUGCUCAGCAUGGGCCUUGGAGGCCUGUUCUGCAGAGUAUUCCUGAGCUUGAUUAAUUUUUCAAUUUGUUGUACAAAUUACAAUCAAAACCAUCAAAUCCCUUCAUUGUAUUAUUCUUUUUUUUUUAUUGGGUUUGAAUCUUGCGAUUUCGUGUAUAUGUCAUUGUAACCUGGGAAUUAAUGCGCAGUGCUUUAUAAUUUUUAAA